AUGAGAUGCCAGGGUCACGCAGCAGCUGCUGUUGCCAAAGCUGGUAUUCCCGUAUAUGCCUGGAAGGGGGAAACGGAUGAGGAGUACCUGUGGUGCAUCGAGCAGACCCUGUACUUCAAGGACGGGCCCCUUAACAUGAUUCUGGAUGAUGGUGGUGACCUCACCAACCUCAUCCACACCAAGUACCCUCAGCUCCUGUCUGGCAUCCGGGGCAUCUCUGAGGAAACCACCACUGGUGCCCACAACCUGUACAAGAUGAAUGCAAAUGGCAUCCUGAAGGUGCCUUCCAUCAACGUCAAUGACUCAGUCACCAAGAGCAAAUUUGACAACUUCUGUGGCUGCCGGGAGUCGCUCAUUGAUGGCAUCAAGUGGGCCAUGGACGUGAUGAUUGCAGGCAAGGUGACAGUGGUGGCAGGCUACGGGGAUGUGGGCAAGGGCUGUGCACAGGCCCUGUGGGGUUUCAGCGCCCGAGUCAUCAUCACCGAGAUUGACCCCAUCAAUGCCCUGCAGGCCGCCAUGGAGAGCUAUGUGGUAACCAUCAUGGAUGAGGCCUGCAAGGAGGGCAACAUCUUUGUGACUACCACGGGCUGCAUGGACAUCAUCCUGAGCCAGCACUUUGAGCAGAUGCAGGAUGAUGCCAUUGUAUGUAACAUUGGCCACUUCGAUGUGGAGAUCAAUGUCAAGUGGCUGGAAGAGAACUGUGUGCAGAAGGUCAACAUCAAGCCCCAGGUGGACCGCUACGUGCUAAAGAGUGGGCGCCGCAUCAUCCUGCUGGCCGAGGGCCGACUGGUCAACCUGGGCUGUGCCAUGGUUCACCCCAGCUUCGUGAUGAGCAACUCCUUCACCAACCAGGUGCUGGCGCAGAUCGAGUUGUGGACCCAUGAGAACAAGUACCCUAUGGGGGUCUACUUCCUGCCUAAGAAGCAGGAUGAAGCCAUGGCUGAAGCCCAUCUGGGCAAGCUGAAUGUGAAGCUGACCAAGGUGACUGAGAAACAGUUCUAG